GCGCCAUCAUCGCCACAACUGUCACUUUUGCGCUGAUUUCAUAAAAGCGACAGAAAUCUAUCAGUCAAAAAACUCGAACUCGGCCCAAAUAUCGGCAAGAAAUCGCUUUUUCAUCCAACAUUUAGCGCAGAAAAUACUCCAAAAUGCUGAUCAAAGUGAAGACCCUUACCGGAAAGGAAAUCGAGAUCGACAUCGAGCCCACGGAUAAAGUGGACCGGAUCAAGGAACGAGUCGAGGAGAAGGAAGGAAUUCCCCCUCAGCAGCAGCGUCUCAUUUUCUCGGGCAAGCAAAUGAAUGACGAUAAAACAGCCCAGGAUUACAAAGUGCAGGGCGGUUCGGUGCUCCACUUGGUCCUGGCCCUCCGCGGAGGUCAUCUGUGAAGCCGAAAGGCCGUUAAAUCGUCCGGAGCCGGAAGCGGGAAUAAUUUGUGAUGCAUGUGAGAAACAGCCAGCAGGACUUAAAAGUCCGGAACUAAGAUGAAAGCUCACUUUGAUUCUCUUUUCUGAUAAGGUUAAAUUAUUGUUUUAUCGUAAUUUGCUGAAGAAUAAAAAAUGUUCGAAAGUGAUCCGAUUGGAAUGUAA